AUGUGGAUCACUGGCGCCAUGGUCAUCAGGCUGUGUUCCCUUUUCAAAGAAUGGAGAGAGGCAUACUUGUAUAAGAAUGAAACUGGCAAUGGGCAAGGUGGAGAAAAGCUAUGUUUGGCAGAGCAGAGUGGAUUGGCAGGAGACUAUGACAAAGAGGUUGCGGCGGUCGAGUGUACUGUGCGGCUGAUGUGUCCCCUGUGGGACCAUCUCAAUCCUAUCUUCCAAGACCAAGAUGCGGGGAAUGCAGCUCUUAGAGCCGACACAGCUUCCUCCUACAACCCUGUCUCUGCCAGCCUCAAAUCCACCCUCAGACCGGGUGGGAGGUUGGCUGGAAGUGCUGAAGACACUGCCAGCACUUUGAGCGCAUCUCUUGGCUUUGAUGGUGAGGAGGGGGAGGGGGAGGAUGGGGACAUUGGCUUGGGUGACUCUCUUCCAUCUGAUACAACUCUCAACAACAUUGUUCAGAUCACCAAUGUUCAAAGAAGCACCAUGGAAGGGGCAAGCAUCUCAGACCAAAGUCAAAAACAAUAUCAAGGAGGCCAAGAUGCGUACACAUCUGGUACAGGCCAUGUUUGCUUCUGCUAA